CAAUCACAGCUGAGCAGUGGAUCUCCUGCACGUGCUUCGUCUGGAGGGCCGUGAGUUGAGUAUCCUUAUCUGCAAGCUUCAGUAUGCCAGAAGAGGAAGUAUGGGUAGGUUCCUGGAGGCCCCAUAGGCCAAGAGGUCCUAUUGCUGCCCUGUACAGAAGCCCAGGGCCUAAAUAUGGCCUCCCAGCGGUCACAGGAAUAAAUGAUCAUGACCCACGGAAGAGGAAAGCUCCGGCAUUUAGUUUUGGCACACGGCAUAAGCAGUUCAGCUUGAGCUGCUCACCAGGACCGGGCCACCUUGUUCCCUCUAAUAUUACCAAAGUUGGACGAGAUGGAACCCCAGCUUAUUCACUGUACAGCCGACCCAGAGACCCUAAGCCUUUUCAGACUCCUGGGCCAGGGAAAUAUUCUCCUGAAAUCUCAGGGAAGACAGCUUUUUACUCUGCCCCUGCGUACUCACUAUCAGGGAGAAGCAAUGGGUAUCGCAGGGACCAGUCACCAGGCCCUGCUGCAUACAUGCUCCCUAACGUGAUGGGCUCAAACACUGUGAGUAAAAGAUCUGCCCCAAAUUUCUCCUUCUCGGGCCGUUUAAAAGUAGGCAGCUUCCAUGAGGAUCUGCAAAAGACUCCGGCUCCAGGGACAUACAGCGUUGUGGAUCCAAACAUUUACACUCCCAGGUCUCCUCACUAUAGCAUGACUGGCCGCAACAUGAUGCCUGGAGACACUACCAAGAAACCAGGACCUGGAACUUAUUGUCCAGAACAGGUGACUUUUACACGACUCAAAGCUCCCAGCUUCUCCUUUGGCAUCCGUCACUCUGAGUACACUGCACCACCAAUCAUUGAUGAUUGUUAAUUAUUAAACUCAGUAUUUUCCCCAUAAUAAACGCUCUGUUGUGCAGCGGA